AGUUUCCAGAGAAGCCAAUCAGUGUCACUGCGGUUCCUGGUUAUAAACUCCACACUGACCAGCGGGGACUCAGAUUUUCCCCAAACACGGAGGAUGCGGGCUACGGAGGUGCCGACCUUCCUCCUGCUGCUCGCGGGGACUCUGACCGAGACCUGGGCGGGCUCCCACUCCAUGAGGUAUUUCUACACCGCCGUGUCCCGGCCCGGCCGCGGGGAGCCCCGCUUCAUCGCCGUCGGCUACGUGGACGACACGCAGUUCGUGCGGUUCGACAGCGACGCCGAGAGUCCGAGGAUGCAGCCGCGGGCGCCAUGGAUGGAGCAGGCGGGACCGGAGUAUUGGGAAGAGCAGACACAGAUCGCCCAGGAAGCCGCAGAGAAUUUCCGAGUGAACCUGAACACCCUGCGCGGCUACUACAACCAAAGCGAGGCCGGGUCUCACACCAUCCAGCACAUGUAUGGGUGCGACGUGGGGCCGGACGGGCGCCUCCUCCGCGGGUACACUCAGUUCGCCUACGACGGCGCCGAUUACCUCGCCCUGAACGAGGACCUGCGCUCCUGGACCGCGGCGGACACGGCGGCUCAGAUCACCCGGCGCAAGUGGGAGGCGGCCGGUGAGGCGGAGCAGCGCAGGAACUACCUGGAGGGCACGUGCGUGGAGUGGCUCCUCAGAUACCUGGAGAACGGGAAGGAGACGCUGCAGCGCGCGGAACCCCUAAAGACACAUGUGACCCACCACCCCAUCUCUGACCAUGAGGUCACCCUGAGGUGCUGGGCCCUGGGCUUCCACCCUGCGGAGAUCACCCUGACCUGGCAGCGUGAUGGAGAGGACCUGCCCCAGGACACGGAGCUUGUGGAGACCAGGCCUGCAGGGGACGGGACCUUCCAGAAGUGGGCGGCUGUGGUGGUGCCUUCUGGAGAGGAGCAGAGAUACACGUGCCAUGUGCAGCACGAGGGGCUGCCUGAGCCCCUCACCCUGCGAUGGGAGCCGCCGCCUCAGGCCGCCAUGCCCAUCGUUGCUGAUUCGGUUCUCCCUAAAAUUUGUGUACCUGUGGCAGCUGUGGUAGCUGUGGCCGCUGUGGCAGCUGUGUUCGCAGUGGUAGCUGUGGUAGCUGGCAUAUUUGCAUUUGUGAACUGGAAGAAACGCUCAGAACUGAAAGAAUCGGUUAAGAGUGAACAGGAAAAAGAACUGAAAGAAUCAGGAGAACUUCAGAAUAAAUUGGAAAAACUUCAAGAAGAAAUGGAUAGGAGGAAGGCCCAAUUCAAGUCAGUCUGGAGGAACGCACCAUUAUAUGCUGACUGGAGGAAAGAAGAGUUUGAAGCUGUAAAUUUGACUCUGGAUGCAGCCUCUGCCCAUCCUGCCCUCCGCUUGUCUGAAAAAGGGAGACAAGUAGCCUGGCAAGAAAAGCCUCAAGAUCUACCCAGCUCCACACAGAGAUUUGAGUCUCUCCCCUGUGUGCUUGGUCAGCUAAAUAUCACCUCGGGGAGAUGCUACUGGGAGGUGGAGGUUGGAGACACGUCUUCCUGGGACCUGGGAAUUUGUAGGGAUAACAUAAUAAGGAAGGGGAGGGUCACAGUGUCCCCACAGAAUGGUUUCUGGGCCAUCAGGCUCUAUGAGGGGGAGUACUGGGCCCUCACCUCCCCAGAAACUCUUCUUACUCUAAGGAAAAAACCCCUUAGUGUGGGGAUAUUCCUGGAUUAUGAAGCUGGAGAUCUGUCUUUCUAUAACAUGAAAGAUGGCUCCCACAUUUUCACUUUUCCCCAGAACACAUUCCAUGGUGUCUUAAGACCUCUUUUCAGACUUUGGUCCUCCGACUCAGGCCCGUUGACCGUUGUCCAGGUGGAGGAGAACUGACUGAUCUUGUAAUUUAUAUGCCUACCCAUCUCCCACUAGCCACAAAUUGAUUUUUUCUUCCUCCUUACUGGUUCAUUCCCAAGAUGCAGUUCUGGGACACAGACUGAUGACUGCCCCUCAUAUCAGUUCUCCCUUCUUCCUUAGUUAUAGACUCCUCCUUCUUAUUACUGUGCCCUAUGACAGCCUAGUAUGAAGAUUAGAUUUCCUAGCCUUCCCUACUGAAUGUGACUACGUGAUGAGCCUGAAUUAUUCUGUAUCACUCAUGGGAUAUGUCCUUAAAGGAAAUUGUGGGCCCUUCUUGUUUUCUUUCCUUUUUCCAAUGGUUAUAAUGUGUCAUGAUGGAUGGAACUGGAAGAACAUCUCUGACACUGUAAUAUGACGUGGAUGGCAGAGAAGUCAGAACGAGCAUGGGUUUUUGACAACUUCAUGGAACUACUCUAUUGCCCAAUUCCUGAAUUAUUUUUUGUGAGAAAUAAACAUUUGUCUUUAAGCCAUUUA